AUGCAGGAACAAACCACCACCAGAGGCAUCCGCAUGAAAAACAACAGUUUACUUCUUGCUCUGGCUGUGUCCAGCCCUGAUAACCCUGUGCCCAGCAAAACGGAACUUAAGGCCAUGAGCAGAUACCGCAGCCCAGUGAACCCGGCUGUCUUUCCCCAUCUGACCAUGGUGCUGUUGGCCACUGGAACACUCUCAGCCAUCUGACUUGUGCACGAGGUCACCCCCACAGAGUGCACUAGGGCUGUCCAGAAGGAGCUCCUCAUCUCUCUGGUGGUCUCACUCUCCCUGGGCUUUGGGGUCCUCGUCCUGCUGCUCUGGGUCGGCAUCUAUGUACGAGCUCCCAAGGGUUCCAGCCAGGUGGCUUCACUGAAUCCCUGCUUUUGUAAAUUAACUUUUUUACUAUUGCUAAAAAUAUCCCACCUGCUGCUCACAAUAAAGGCAGAUGUGUGA